CAGUUUCAGUCGGACAAGUUUUUAAGACAACACUCCAGACUGUCAACUUUAGUUUACUUAGACUGACUAGUGCUGCUGUAUCACCUUAACAAGUUAGUAACAGCAGUCCAGAAGCCAUGCCGAGCCACGCGGAGCAGUGGAUCCGCACUUCGAUGCGCACCCCGGGCAUUUUUAUCUUCGGAAUGGUCCUUGCCCCUUGCGGCUGGAUCCUAAACCUCACAGCGACAGUGGCUCCCAACUGGAGAACCAUCAACACUAUCGCCUUACUGCCGGUUGAUACGUUCCUACAACAAGGCAUCUGGGACAUAUGCAAGACGUCCAGCUCGUCCCAAGUAAACCAAUGUAACCAAAAGGACGAGGCGUACUUCAACAACCAGAUUAUAGCGGUCGCCCAGGGCUUGAUGGUAGCGUCUCUGAUAUUGACUCUGAUUGGGCUGGCCACGGCAACCCCCGGGGUAAGGUGCUGGAAAGACCGCCCGAACUGGACAGUAGCCGGGCUGGGGGGAAUGCUCAUCUUUCUGUCUGGAGUCUUGACGAUCAUCCCUAUUGCAUGGUACACUCACAUCUUCAAGGACAUCGCCGCAUCCAGCACCGACAUUCGCGUUGGCUACUGUAUUAUUUUGGGAUACAUCGGGGGCAUCUUCGAGCUACUGGGCGGCUUGGUCAUGUUCAUUGGGAUAUGUCGUUGCUGUGGCGGUAAGAACCGCGGAGAGACGCGAAUCUCGGAGACCACAGCACACUUCAGAAACACCAAACCCCCACCGCGCCGCAUCGAGGUGCCGAGCAUAGCCCGAACCCGGAGUAGCGCUAGCAGCGUCCCCUACUCUAAAGACUCCAUGGAAGACGAGGCGGACUUCCCCCGGGCAAAGAGCACCUCGUACGGAGGAAGACGACCCGCUUAUGACGUUGAUCUGUGAGGACAUUAUGGUGAAGUGGGCCAGUUGCCAUUGAUAGGUGUGACAUGUAUACUAUAGCACUACACAGUAACAUUACAUAUCUACCAAUAAAAUGACAUUUACCUCUACAUGUAGGCAUGUCGUUUUAACCAUAAAACUAGACCUAAUCUUGUUGUUUGGGUGAAUAUGAUAGAAAUAUAAAUUAUUUCACACUUUUGGGAAUAUGCCUAUGAUGUGGCCUAUGGCAUGUUUGUAUUUGAAGAUGUAACAUUAUUUACAAAUUACAAUGCCAGCGCCAAAGAACAUGGAAUGCAGUGCCUUCGGGAAGUAUUCAGACCCCUUGACUUUUUCUACAUUUUGUUAGGUUACAACCUUAUAACAUUUAUAAAAUUGUUUUUUUUUCCCAUCAAUCUACACACACUACCCUGUAAUGGCAAUGCAAAAACAGGCUUUUAGAAAUGUUUGCUAAUUUAUAAAAAAUAAAUACUACAUUUACAUAAGUA